AAAUUUCAUAAAUUAUAAACUCAUUAGUUGUUAUUAUGAUUUACAGAACAGUGAACACCAAUGAAUGAUUGAGUUACCUACCUAUAUAGUUAACUGUUGUCAAACAUUUUAUUUUUAAUUUUGUAGCAGAUUUCAAAUCCUGAAGUAAACAUUUUUGCAAUUUACAUUAUGAGGUUUUAAUGAAGCUCAAUGCAGGUAAAUAGGUACUUAUAUAUUAUGUAUGUUCUUUUCGAUUAUCAAUUAUCUAUUUGCAAAAUCACAUCAAGCGCAAGAGGAAAUUUCCAUUCACGUUGUGAAGCAUCGAAAUAGUUUUGUGUUUAAAUUUCAACCAAUCCAGUUUGUCAUCUUACGUUGAACAUUAUUUUUGAUCCUUCAAAAUGAUACGGUUUUAUAUUCUAAGUUUUCUACUGGAGUUUGUUUUGAUCUCAGCUCAAUCUUAUCAUCGUGCGACUAUGGGUGAAUAUUUCAUUGAUUGGAAAGUCAUUGGGGCAUGCCCACAAGAAAAAAGAGGCACUGAUGAGAUUCUCACCGACGUUCGUGUUACUAAACGGAACCGUAAAGCUGAGGUCAUUGGCAAUGUCACGUAUAAGAUACCCUUCGACGAUACCAUUUCGGCGAAAUUUAACUUCGCUGUUCUGGGUUCCAAUUUAGCCUGGCUACCGAACGCUUACAGUUUGACAUUUCCAAAAGCAUGUUCUGGUUUUUCAAAUAUGAUGGGACCGAUUUGGAUCGAUUUGCUGAAGCAUAUGAAAAUGUCUACAAAAUGCCCUACGCCCAAAGGUGUUUAUAUAAUGAGUGGUUACGACGUUGACAGCUUAUUGCGAAAUUCAGCUUUUCCAAAACAGUUCAUUUAUGGUCGUUACAAAAUAACAAUUGAAUUUUUAAACAACAAGAAUGCAUUGCUAGGGUGUUCUUAUUUCAUUGUCGAUGUUCUUCCACUUUGGCAAAAGAAGAAACACUCAGGAACCGAGUAAUCAAAAAUAUCCUCCUGCAGUCUGAAAGCAUGCAACCUAUAAAACUUGUUUCCACUAAUUGCUGUAUCAGCUGUUUCAUCGUUAAUCACCGGAAAACGAAA